AUGGCGGCAGGCGUGAGGAAGAGCGCCAGGAUGGUUUGGCUGCUGGCGGCGAGCGUCCUGCUGGGGGCCGAGCUGAGCAGACUGGGCCCGAGGGAUUGGGUUGGGGUCGUCGCCCAGAACAAUGAAAGAAGGGUGCUGGCUCGAAUCCCGGGCGACAUCAUCAUCGGGGCCCUGUUUUCCGUUCAUCACCAACCGCCUGCAGACAAGGUGCAUGAGAGGAAGUGCGGCGCAGUACGAGAGCAAUACGGGAUCCAGAGGGUGGAGGCAAUGAUGCACACGUUGGAUCGGAUCAACGCAGACCCCAACAUCCUUCCGAAUAUCACUCUGGGUUGUGAGAUAAGGGAUUCGUGCUGGCACUCUGCCGUUGCCCUGGAGCAGAGCAUCGAGUUCAUCCGGGACACUCUCGUGUCCAGCGAGGAGGAGGAGAGCCAGGCCAGGUGCGCCACACCACGCGGCGUAACACCUGCGCCGCAAAGCAAGAAGCCCAUCGUGGGCCUCAUUGGGCCGGGGUCCAGCUCGGUGGCCAUCCAGGUGCAGAACCUUUUGCAGCUCUUCAACAUCCCGCAGAUCGCCUACUCGGCCACCAGCAUGACACUCAGCGACAAGAGCCUGUUUAAGUACUUCAUGCGGGUGGUGCCGUCAGACAUGCAGCAGGCCAGAGCCAUGGUGGACAUUGUCAAGAGGUAUAACUGGAGCUACGUGUCUGCCAUACACACUGAGGGUAACUAUGGCGAGAGCGGCAUGGAGGCCUUCAAGGACAUGGCGGCCAAAGAGGGCAUCUGUAUCGCACACUCAGACAAGAUCUACAGCAACGCCGGUGAGCGCGCCUUCGACCUGCUGCUUCACAAGCUACGGGCCCACCUGCCCAAAGCCCGCGUGGUGGCCUGCUUCUGCGAGGGCAUGACAGUGCGAGGCAUCCUGUCUGCCAUGCGCCGUCAGCAGCUGGUGGGCGAAUUCCUACUGGUGGGGAGUGACGGCUGGGCAGACCGCUACGACGUGACGGACGGCUUGGAGCAUGAGGCGUCGGGCGGCAUCACCAUCAAGCUCAAGUCGGCCUACGUGACGUGGUUUGAUGACUACUACCUGAAGCUGAAGCCCGACACUAACCUGAGGAACCCCUGGUUUCCCGAAUUCUGGCAGCAUCGCUUCCAGUGCAAGCUGAGGGGAGUCCCACAAGAGAGCACCACUUACAACCGCACGUGCAGCUGGAGAGAGUCACUGCGCCACCAGUAUGCCCAGGACACAAAAAUGGGCUUCGUUAUUAACGCUAUCUACUCCAUGGCGUACGGACUACACGCCAUGCAGCAGGACCUCUGCCCAGGAUAUAAGGGUCUAUGUGAGGCCAUGCAGCCCAUCGAUGGCCGCCAGCUCCUGGACUUCCUGAUGCAAACCAACUUCACAGGUGUGUCUGGAGAAAUCAUCCACUUUGAUCAGAAUGGAGACUCACCUGGCAGGUACGAGAUCAUGAACUUCAAACAAAUGGCUGAGGACGAGUACGCGUACGUGCACGUUGGCAGCUGGGACCAGGGCGGCCUGCGAAUGAAUGACGAGGAGAUCUGGAACAACGACAGUGAGGUCAUACGCUCCGUCUGCUCGGAUCCAUGUCAGAAAGCCCAGAUCAAGGUUAUCCGGAAAGGCGAAGUAAGCUGCUGUUGGACGUGCACGCCUUGCAAGGACAACGAGUUUGUGUUCGACGAGUACACUUGUCGCGCCUGCAUGCUGGGCUCGUGGCCCACGGACGACCUGCGUGGUUGCGAGCCCAUCCCGGUGCAAUAUGUGCGCUGGGGGGAUCCAGAACCCAUUGCCGCCGUCGUGUUUGCCUGCCUAGGCCUAUUGUCCACAAUCUUUGUCACAGCUGUCUUUAUCAAGUUCUGGGACACACCGGUGGUGAAAUCGUCAAGUCGCGAGUUGUGCUACAUCAUCCUGGCGGGCAUCUUUCUGGGCUACGCAUGUACAUUCAGCCUGAUCGCGAAGCCACACCUCAUCUACUGUUACCUGCAGAGGCUCGGAAUCGGCCUGUCGCCCGCCAUGAGUUACUCUGCAUUGGUCACCAAGACCAAUCGCAUCGCUCGAAUCCUGGCAGGCAGCAAGAAGAAAAUCUGCACCAAGAAGCCUCGCUUCAUGUCCGCCUGCGCUCAGCUGGUCAUCGCCUUCCUUCUCAUUCUGCUGCAGCUUGCCAUCAUUGUGACGCUGCUUGUCAUAGAACCGCCAGAGGUAAUCCAUGACUACCCCAGUAUACGUGAAGUGCACCUCAUCUGCAACCUCACCACUCUUGGGGUGGUGGCACCAUUGGGCUACAAUGGCCUGCUUAUCCUGAGCUGCACCUUCUACGCAUUCAAGACCCGUAACGUUCCAGCCAACUUCAACGAGGCCAAGUACAUCGCUUUCACCAUGUACACCACCUGCAUCAUCUGGCUAGCCUUUGUGCCCAUUUACUUUGGCUCCAAUUACAAGAUCAUCACCAUGUGCUUCAGCGUCAGCCUUAGCGCUACAGUGGCGCUCUGCUGCAUGUUCGUCCCCAAGGUGUACAUAAUGCUGGCCAAGCCGGAGAAGAACGUGCGAAGCGCUUUUACCACGUCGACAGUGGUGCGCAUGCACGUGGGCGACGCCAAGAAGGCCGCCAAGGCAGGCAAGCCGUCCAGCAGCAUGGCCAACCUGUUCCGGCGGCGCUCAUCUGCGCAGGACAAUGUCAGCACGAACGGGAAGUCUGCUGCCUGGGAGCAGAACGAGCACAGCUACAGGCCCAACCUUUGGAAGAGGAUGACCUUCCAUGUCAAGAAGAAGGACGUCAUGGAAACCAACCAAACUGCUAUCAUCAAGCCUUUCUCCACAAGCGGCGGGAGUCAAGUGGCGGCGGACGUGGAGUCUCACUGGUUCCAAGACGGUGCUCAAGCUUUGCCCCCCGAGCCCCUCGACAUCGGCGUCAUCGGCGUGGGUGAGCUCGGCGUAACGGGAGGCCCGCUAGGGGGCGCUACCGUCAGUGAGCAAAUAAACUGCGUGGUCAACAGCUUCAAUCAGAUGCCCAACGAUCGCAAGCAGAGCCAGCACCCGGAACUCGCCGUGCUCACGCCGCCGUCGCCGUUCCGGGACGCGUCGCUUAGCUCCGAGGAAAGCUACGACGCUUGUUCCUCGCGCUCACUAUCUGGUGCUUCCGAGGCUGAAUACGGGCAACUGCUGCCGCGACACUAUAGCCAAAGCGCUUCCUCUCUGUAG